AUGCUCAUCAACCAACCGAUCAGUGCAAAACAACUUUUCAUCAAACACAGUGAAUUUGCUGCCAAGUUUGGACGCUUGCCAAAUCUCGAUCCUUACGGAAGGCAGUUGUCUUUCUUCCAGUACUUUCUGAUAGAUAUAUUUCUUGUCAUUAUUGGUGCUCUUGCUGCAGGAGAAUCCAAGAACAUGGCUGAAUACGAACCCAUCGCACCAGAUGCUGGCGGUGCACCGCCACCUCCACCCCCUCCGCCUGCUCAGUCACCACAACCACCGGUUGGUAAUUUCCCACCUCAACCUCCUCCACCCUUACCACCACCUCCUCCAGCUGGACCACAGUUUCCUCCACCACCUGCUCCACUACCUCCUCCUCCUGCACCGAGACCACCAUUUCCCUUUUCCCCUUCGCCAUCACCAUCUCCUUCACCUGGGCCACAGUUUCCUCCACCACCUGUACCACCACCAGCUCCUCCACCGCCGGUGCCGUCACCACCUCCUCCUCCACCGCUGCCUCAAGCCCCUGUUCCACCACCACCACCUAACCCAGUUCCUCCGGCACCAGUACCGCCACCUCCACAGCCACCUGCUGCGGCUGGUGUUUCACCUACUCCCAACGGCCCUGUUCCUCCAGCAGUUUCUCCUAAGAUGACUCUGGAACAGUUUGCAAUGAUGAAUGAUCCAUUUUUCGCUCUUCCGUGA